UGUAGUCUUACAUAGAACUUUAAAGAAGAGGAAUCGGCGAGAGCUGGACAGUUUGCGGUGCCGCUUUGUGGACAACGACUCCCAUUGUUAGGGCGGAGAGACAAGUAUCUUGUCAGUAUAUCCAUAAUCUUCGUUUGAAACGCGCAUCAUUAUGCUUUGAAUACUGACUGCAUCGGAGCUCCGGUAUCAAUAUCCCAUCACCAGUUGGGUUAGCAUUUUGGUAGGGAAAUAGAAAGUAACUAUCGCACUGGUGGUCGUGCUAGAAUCUGAAUUCACGGAGCCAUGGCGUCAAGUCUUGUUGCUGUCAUUUUGUGUUGGACUCUGAUCCCGUUUGUGACAGCUGGAGAGGACUGUGAAGCCUACAUAGAUGCCUACGGCCGUUACAAAUCCAAACUGGACUGCAGUUUGCUGUGGUGCUGUGGAACGUGUGAGAAUAGAUACUGCUGCGGCAUCCAGUCUCUCCGGCUGAGUGAGUCUAAACAGGACAGCUGCAUGUUCAGUGGCGGUAUGAACACGUUGACCAUCUCGUCAUUGGUCGCAGCAGCUGUCAUCAUCAUGAUCAGUUUCAUCUGUUGCUGCGUGUGUCCCUGCUGCUGCUUGUACAAAAUGUGCCGGAAGCCCAGACCGGUGAUAGCCACGACCACCCACACCACGGUGGUGAAUACCCAGUACCCCCAGCAGCCCGUCCAGCCCUACCAGGGGGCUCCCCAGUACCCCCAGCAGCCCGUCCAGCCCUACCAGGGGGCUCCCCAGUAUCCAGCCUUCCAGCCCAUGCCUGUCCAGCCCGGCUAUGGAGGUGGCCAACCCGUACCCACAGCACCAGGCUACCAGGGACAGCCCUUCCAGCCAGGACCGCCCCCUCCUUACCAAGAGACUGGUCCAGCGUAUCCUCCUGCUAUUCCAGUGCCUUAUAGUCAGGCUGGGUUCAGUCCAGGACAGCCAUCCUACCCUCUCCAGCCUCCAGCCCAGUGUCAGCCAGCCUACCCUGGUGCACCACCCGCCCAGCCCGACUUCCUCUCUGCCCAGCCCAACUUCCUCUCUGCCCAGCCUGCCUACAACCCUGCCUUCGUGGAGCCCCAGCCUCCCAAGACUGGCUACUGAAGCAGCUCCACCUCUCCCAUUCUCGCUCUCGUGGGCUAGAAACUGACUGACUGACUGGGGGGCUAGAAACAGACUGACUGACUGAAUGGGGGGCUAGAAACAGACAGACUGACUGA